CAGAGUAGCUCAGCUCUCUCUCAUUGUCACAUUAGCGAUUCGCUCCUCUCAACAAACAAACACAUAAUAAAGAUCCCAACUUUUCGUUCUCUGAUCAUCCACAUCGCCACUUCCCCCACAAAGCUCUCGUCUUUCCUCCAAAUCCAAAACCAAAGUUUCAAUCUUUCGUUUCCGAGACAAUGAUAUUCUCCAAGCUCGCUCGAUCCGCUCGUUCCAAGGGAUUGGUGUACGGGGGAUCGGGGAUUUUAAGCGAGGGGAGGAGGGUUGGAGCGCCGUCGGGUGGGGCUAAUCAGGUGGAUGGUGGAUUAGGGUUUCUGAGACGGCGGUUUGCUUCUUUGGCUGCUCGGAAAGGAGGAGUGGAUGCUAAUGACUUGAGCCGAGUUUUCGCUAACCCUAGAUUGCGUCGGUUCUUCUCUAGCCAAGCCCCAAAGAAGAAGAAGAAGAAUUACGAGAACUAUUAUCCCAAAGACGCUAAGAAAGGGCCUAAGAACGAGCACAAAUCCGAAUCAAGAGAAGGUUCAAAGAAGAGUGAGAAUGAGAACGCUGGGGACUUUAACACAAAGGAGUUCCAAAAUUUGUUAGUUCCUCUGAUGGCCAUUGCUUUGAUCCUUUCCUCUUUUUCCCUUGGUUCAAAGGAACAGCAACAGAUUAGUUUCCAGGAGUUCAAAAACAAGCUUCUUGAGGCUGGUCUAGUAGAUCACAUAGACGUUUCUAACAAAUCAGUCGCCAAAGUCUACGUGAGGAGUUCACCAAGAACCCAAACCGAAGAAGUUGUUCAAGGAGUUCCUGCUAAAGGACGUUCUGGUCAGUAUAAGUACUACUUUAACAUUGGUAGUGUUGAAUCGUUCGAGGAGAAACUCGAAGAGGCUCAAGAAGCGUUAGGCAUUGACUCUCACGACUUUGUGCCCGUCACCUACGUCUCUGAGAUGAUAUGGUACCAGGAGCUACUGAGGUUUGCACCGACUUUGCUUCUCUUGGGUACGCUGGUUUACGGGGCGAGACGGAUGCAAGGUGGAUUGGGAAGCGUAGGAGGACCUGGUGGGAAAGGUGGCCGUGGGAUUUUCAAUAUUGGGAAAGCUCAGAUAACGAGAGCUGAUAAAAACUCCAAGAAUAAGAUAUAUUUUAAAGAUGUAGCAGGAUGCGAGGAGGCUAAGCAAGAGAUUAUGGAGUUUGUGCAUUUCCUUCAGAACCCAAAGAAGUACGAAGAUCUGGGAGCUAAGAUCCCAAAAGGUGCACUAUUAGUCGGCCCACCGGGAACUGGAAAGACCCUCCUAGCAAAAGCCACAGCCGGAGAAUCAGCCGUGCCGUUCCUCUCCAUAUCCGGUUCAGACUUCAUGGAGAUGUUUGUUGGCGUUGGACCUUCCAGAGUGAGAAACCUCUUCCAAGAAGCUAGACAAUGCGCGCCCAGCAUCAUAUUCAUCGACGAGAUCGACGCCAUUGGCCGUGCAAGAGGACGUGGAGGCUUCUCCGGUGGAAACGACGAGCGUGAAAGCACUCUGAACCAGCUUCUUGUUGAGAUGGAUGGGUUUGGUACUACUGCUGGCGUUGUCGUCCUCGCUGGAACCAACAGGCCGGAUAUUCUCGAUAAGGCCCUGUUAAGGCCCGGCCGGUUUGAUCGUCAGAUAACUAUAGACAAGCCUGAUAUCAAAGGGCGUGAUCAGAUAUUCCAGAUAUACUUGAAGAAGAUUAAGCUUGAUGAUGAGCCUUCGUAUUUCUCGCAGAGGCUUGCGGCCCUCACUCCUGGAUUCGCUGGAGCUGAUAUUGCGAAUGUGUGUAACGAGGCGGCUCUUAUUGCUGCUAGGCAUGAAAAAGGAACAGUGACGAUGGCGCACUUUGACUCUGCUAUUGAUCGUGUCAUUGGUGGUCUUGAGAAGAAAAAUAGAGUAAUAAGCAAGUUGGAGCGCCGUACAGUUGCGUAUCAUGAAUCUGGCCAUGCGGUUGCUGGGUGGUUUCUUGAACAUGCGGAGCCAUUGCUUAAGGUGACUAUUGUGCCUCGUGGCACAGCAGCGCUUGGGUUUGCUCAGUAUGUUCCAAAUGAGAACUUACUCAUGACCAAAGAACAGCUCUUCGACAUGACUUGCAUGACUCUCGGCGGCCGUGCAGCUGAACAGGUAUUGAUAGGAAGAAUCUCAACAGGUGCUCAGAACGAUCUAGAGAAGGUUACAAAGAUGACGUACGCGCAGGUGGCAGUGUAUGGAUUCAGCGACAAGAUAGGAUUGCUUUCAUUCCCGCAACGAGAAGAGGAGUUCUCGAAACCAUACAGCAACAGAACCGGCGCGUUGAUAGACGAAGAGGUCCGAGAGUGGGUGGCCAAAGCUUACAAGAGAACGGUUGAGCUGAUAGAGGAACACAAAGAGCAAGUGGCUGAGAUCGCUGAGCUGUUGCUAGAGAAGGAGGUUCUGCAUCAGGAUGAUCUUGCUAAAGUUUUGGGUGAGCGUCCGUUUAAGUCUGGUGAGACUACUAACUACGACAGGUUUAAGUCUGGAUUUGAGGAGACGGAUAAGGAGAAUGCGACGGUGAAGCCGGUGGAGGAUGAUGGAGCUUCUCCACCGCUUGAGCCACAGGUGGUUCCGACAUAAAGACACCAAAAUGGCUUACUCUCAUUGUAAAUUUGAUCUAAGGUAAUAAAAGAACACAUGAUGUAUCUUCUUCAUGUUUUGAACUAAACACUUUUGAACUAAACAUAAGGAAGCAAGUUUUUGAUUUGGUUAAAA